AUGUUGUCCCACAAGAAGAAGGUACUGAUGGCCAUGGCCACGGUGGGGCUGGUGGCGGCUCUGAUCCGCUCGUGGACGCCGCGGCCCUACGGCGCGGUGGACGUGCGGCCGAAGCAGGAGGCGCGGAGGGUGGAGAGGCUGCUGGAGGAGCGUCUUCUGGUCUCACAGAACAAGUACGGAGACGUGCCCUACCGCGUCAAGGACAGCGUGCUGAGUCUCCUAGCCCGCAAUGGGUGUGUGUGUGAGGGAGAUGAGCGGACUAUCAACAUCCCCUAUGCCAACCUGCUCUUCCCCCGUGUGUCGGCCCAGAACCUCAACACCGCCUUCAAGGACUCGGAACUAGAUGAGGUGAAACGACGGCGGGCACAGGAGUACAGCAGCUUCCAGAAGAGGUCCCAGACGGCCGCUGACCUGCUGAUUGUAGCAGAGGCCAAUAGCCCGCUGCAGUACCCCACACAGGGGGUAGAGGUGCGGCCCCUUAAGACCAUCCUUAUACCAGGAUUGGCUCUGGAGGAUAGAAUAAGAGAGCGAUAUUCGGUGAAUUUGACGGCCACUAUGGGCACGUUUGACAUAGCUGCCUUCGUGGAUGAGGUCAGCAUCCGAGGGGAGGGAGAGAUGAACAUCAGCUUGUCCAGUCGCUACCUGACGGCCCUCAACCGCCAGCUCCAGUUCAUCACGUACACUAAUACCCUGUUUCACCCCAACACCGCAGACACAGUGCAGUUUGUGACUGAUGGACACCAGGCUGUGUUCACCAUUAAAGUUCGCCACGGUCUCACCCCGAAGCUGUACAACCCAGGACCCAAAGGAGAAUACAACGUGAGUGCUCUUGUCACCAUAGCGACCAAGACGUUUCUCCGCUAUGACAAGCUGCAGGAUUUGAUUGACAGCAUACGGCAGUUCUACCCUACGAUCACCAUUGUGGUUGCCGAUGACAACGAGCAUCCCAAGCCCCUGACUGGUCCUUACAUAGAGCAUUACAUCAUGCCCUUUGGGAAGGGUUGGUUUGCGGGGCGUAAUCUGGCCGUCUCCCAGGUGACCACCAAGUAUGUGCUGUGGGUGGACGAUGACUUCAUCUUCACGGCCAACACCAAGCUGGAGAAGCUCGUAGACGUGCUGGAGACCACCACCAUAGACCUGGUUGGAGGAGCGGUGCGGGAGGUGACGGGCUACAAGGCCUCCUACCGCCAGACGUUCUCCCUGGAGCAGGGCGGAGAGGAGGGGGACUGCCUGCACAUCCGCCGGGGCUACCACCACGCCAUCAAGGGCUUCCCCAACUGCGUGGUGGUGGACGGGGUGGUGAACUUCUUCCUGGCGCGCACGGACAAGGUGCAGCAGGUGGGCUUCGACCCACGCCUGGCACGGGUAGCGCACCUGGAGUUCUUCAUCGACGGCCUUGGCGUUCUGCAUGUGGCCUCCUGCGACGACGUUAUCGUCAACCACGCCUCCAAGAUAAAGCUCCCCUGGGGCCAAUCGGAGAGUGACAAGGCCUACUACAAGUUCCGCUAUCCGCUCUCGUCCUCGGACACGGCCCAGACCCGCAGCAGCCUGCUCUACUUCAAGAACCGCUUCCAGUGUCUCACUCACAACUGACCUCCACACACACACACACACACACACACACACUCACGGCGCUGUAGUGCCCCCCCCCCUCCCUGCCCCAGUUCUGUUACCCCUCCCUCCUCCACUUUGCCC